CACUUGGGUAGUACAGAUACUACAAAGUGGAAGUUGUACUGUACUGGAACAAAGGGUCAGAAAUAGGAGAGGCGCAUCUCCUGGUUUAUCUGUAUUUAUUUCUUGUCUUCCCUUUUGUGAAAUCAAAUCCAAUCCUUGUCUCGCCAGGAAAGGAAGCUUCUUGAUAGUCAACUCCUCCAUUCAUGGCUUCCACCAUGUCUUCUUCCUCCCUCAUACACCGAAAGUCAACCUGCCUCCUAUUCUCCCUCCUCCUACUCCUGCAAAUCUCCACAAUGGAAGGCCAUGGCGGCCACGAUGAUGAUGAUGACCACGACGACGAAAAAGCAGAUCUCCACUCGAAAGGCUUGAUCUUGGUCAAAGUAUGGUGCUUGAUCAUCCUUCUUGUGACAACCUUCGCUGGGGGCGUGUCACCGUACUUGUACAGAUGGAACGAGAACUUCCUCCUCCUGGGAACCCAAUUCGCCGGCGGGGUCUUCCUCGGAACGUCACUGAUUCACUUCUUGAGCGACGCGGCUGAGACUUUGGACAGUCUGACAAGCAACACUUACCCAUUCGCCUUCAUGCUGGCUUCCGCCGGGUACCUUCUGACGAUGCUCAGCGACUGCAUCAUCGUGUAUGCCACGAGCGGCGGUGACAAAGAGUCCAGAAUCGCGGUGGAGGAAGGCAGGGCAGAGGCUGCUGAAUGUGGUAAAGAAGUGGAAGUUGAGACGACCAGACCUGUUUACCUGAGAACAACUUCUCUUGGGGAUGCCAUUCUGCUCAUCCUCGCCCUCUGCUUCCAUUCCGUUUUCGAGGGCAUGGCCAUUGGGGUUGCAGAUACAAAGGCGGAUGCAUGGAGGAACCUGUGGACGAUAUCACUGCAUAAGAUCUUUGCAGCCAUAGCGAUGGGGAUCGCUCUGCUGAGGAUGAUACCGAGGAGGCCAUUCCUCACGACGGUGGCCUACUCAUUCGUAUUUGCGGUCUCGAGCCCGGUUGGAGUGGGGAUAGGGAUCGCCAUUGAUGCCACUGCUGAAGGCAGGGUGGCUGACUGGAUAUAUGCCAUCUCCAUGGGACUUGCUUGCGGGGUGUUCAUUUACGUGGCUAUCAACCAUCUCAUAGCCAAAGGGUUCAAGCCCCAAUCCAAAUUGUUCUUCGACACUCCGGCCUUUAAGUUCGUUGCCGUCUUUCUUGGGGUGGCAGUCAUUGCCGUUGUCAUGAUUUGGGAUUAGAGAACGACAACUCUUUGUUUUUCGGAUUUGGUGUUGAUAAAUGGAAAUUGCAAAAGGCUGCAAAACCAAACAAAAAAAGAAAGCAAAAUAAAACGCGCCAGAUAGGGGUCGAACCUAUGACCUUCUGCUUAGGAAACAGACGCUCUAUCCACUGAGCUACAGGCGCUCCUUGCUGAUUGAUCACCUCAAGAUAUUAAUUCAAUAAUAAUGUACACGAAGAAAGAUGAAUGCAUUUCAGGACAUAAUCUAAGGAUGAAGUAAGAUGAAUACAUUUCAGCUUGGUAGUAAGUUAUAUUAUCAGUAAAAUGGAGGGAAAAUUGUCUGAAACAUUUUUUGCACACUGGCCCAGCUAGCUUACUGGCAUUGGAUGUGUAUUAUGGAGUGGCUUAGCAAACCAGCAAUCCUGCAUGUCUCUGCCAUGGAUUAUAUACAUAUUAUAAAAGUGUUGUAUCCAAUUUAAGAAACAUUGAGACGCGUAACAGGAAGAGGAACCCACAGCCAUGAGGACCGAAGUUGGUGCACCUACAAAACUGAUGGAAAUAUCUUCUCAUAAUCUCUGCUAUGCUACCUAUUUGAUCUACCCAUGAAUCACUUUGUCUGGUUAUUUCUUGAACCGACGUGAAAUUUGCAUCUCUAGUUAGGCCAGAUAAGAAGCUGAAAGGUUAAUGAUUUGUACGAGGGAAUCAAGCCUCUCCCUGGUCUGAUUGAGUUGGCUUCAUGGCCAAGCUGGAGCUGUAUCUGGGUAGAUUUGCUUCUGUCAUUUUCAAAGGAGAAAAACAACUAACUUAUUAGCUGAUGAACCAACUAAGGUUAAUGAUUCGUUUAGCUCUUGCUUGGAAGUAAGGAAGGUUAGAAUGUCACCCUUUGGCCCUUCUUUGGAUUCUCUCCAAGGACCCAUCAUUGGUUGCAACUUUUGGUGUCACCAACCAAAAUCUUGAUACACCUUUUUUUGGGGUCCCUCUUGCUGUCUUCUGUCUGAUUAAACAUCAAGGUUUCUAUUGGUGCAAAGAAGCCACAAUGGGUCUGGAGUUGUUUUAGUCCAUGCAAUGGACUAACACUUUGAUUUGUCCUGCCCAUCAAGGCUAAAUGACACUUGGAUCCACUGUUUCAUGGUGUCAGACAUGCUUCUCUUUCAUAUCACAUAGCAGUGAAGUAAAGCGAUCAAUGGAUUCAAAAUUUUCACCCAUACUUAUAAGGUUGAAGUACUGCAUAACCACAGUUGGUAACAACUCUCUAAAGGUUGAAGGUAAAAGGAAAAGGGAAACUUAGUAAUUGUUAUUUAAGAGUAUGAAAGCUUUAGUAGUGAACUAAUUGCCUUUGAUUAUACUCCAAAUUUGGCACAAUGGGCCAGUGACAGUAGGUAAUAGCUCUUUUUUUUUUUUUUUUUUUUCUUUCUCCAUAUCUGAAACUAUUACCUUCUCAAUUACUACACUAAUAAUGCACCAAAAAAACA